AUGGCUAAUAGAUACAAAUUCAUAACUCCUGCUACCGUCAGGAUACUAUUGGUACCUAUAAAUAACUGUACCUUACGCGAUUUCAACCGCUACAUUAAUUUAAUUACAUCGAAUGUGACAGAUUUAAGACUCCUCGACCUAAGGUCCAAUACAGAUUUACAUUUUUUCAACCCUUCUACGUUUCCUGAAGGUCGAAUCAUUCCUGAGUUUACUACCACUGACGACGAUCUGAUUUAUUUACACGAAUUUGAACCAUUUAGAAAAACAUUCAUAGUUUUGGGAAUAGGCCGAUAUGAGAAAGACAGUGACCACAUUGGCCAAUUAAAGAAAUUGUACUCGGGCGCAAUUGUAAACAGUACUAUUCAUUUUGAUGCACCAGAAUCGCAACUUCACAACUCAACGCCAAACUCAUACUUUCAUGACGGAACAGCCACUCAUUUUUCCGCCUUGGAGGGUAUAUUUUCAGAAAUUUUUGACUCAUUUUUAAUUGCAUUAGAUGAGUAUGCAUCUGCUUAUAGCAACAUAUCACUACGAUCACCGGUGUCAAUUACGGAUAGUCAUGUACUAACCAAAACUAUAAACCAAGCCCAGAAGCGGCUAAGUUCUGGAUCAACGUCAUUCAAAGCCUCAUUUAAUGGCUUACCAACUGAUACACCAAAUACUCCAAAAUCAUCAACAGAUAAGUCUAAACCGCAUUCUAAAUAUAAUGGGAGAUAUCUCAAAUUAAUGGGUAAUCUAUAUCUUUUAACCGGGAAGUACAACGAUGCCUUGCACAGUUUUACUGAAAGUGUCACUACUUUGAGACGUUUUGAUGACUACCUUUGGUUGGGCAGCGCCUUGGAAGGAUUGGCUUUGAGUAUUUUUUUGCUUUCAUUUGUUCAAGUACAUUUCCUGUUGAACCCUGUGCUUGGAUCUUUGUUGCAAAUUUCAAAAGCGUCAGUAUCGAUAGACCAUUCUGCGUCUAAGCGUUCAUCACUAGAGUCCAAUAGCUCAAAGACAAAUGUUGCAUCACCAAGGCCGUCCUUGACUACAUCAAAUGGCUUCACCAUGCCCCUCACUUCAUCGGUUGAUUUGAACACGUUGCCAGUGCCGGAUACUUUGAAAGUUUUGCUAACCAAGGCAAUCUAUUUCUAUGGACAGAGCACAGAUGAUCCAGAAAAUAUGGUGCCCGACGUUGUCUACAUUGAGUGCAUUUUGAGAAAGUUGAGUGUCAUGACAGGAUAUCACUUGAGUUCUCCUUUGAAAGAUAUUGUCGAGGGAAACAUUACGUCAGAAGAAGUGGACAACACGUAUUUUCUGACUCAGGACAUACUUGCCGAUAUUGACAAAAUAUUUCUUCUUCAACUAAUCGAUUUGAACAUUUUGGACCAGUGUCAUAUUUAUUCAUACGUUGCUCAGGUAUACCACAAAUUGAAGUUUUUUCGAAAAGAAGCGUUUAUUUUAAGGUUUCAUUUGAUUGCAUUGGUGUCGAAAAUGAAAACAGCUCACGAUUUAAUGUCCAUCAAAGAGCUUUUAGAUGAUUUGUUUGAAUUGUAUGGAGUUGGCGGGGAGCCAGAUAUCGCUUCGUUGCAACUGGUUCCACCUCGCAAAAGUGUCCAGUUGUCUUUACAACUUCAAGUUUUGAAACUUGCCCUUAAUUCUGCAGAACAUAUAAGAGAUACGGAAUUAGCACUUUACAUCAGCUGCUUACUGCUUGCCCGUUACUCACAUUAUAUACCCGCAGAUGGCCAAAUAAAACUACGGAACAUGAUUGAAAAGAUCACAAAUCAGUCUCUGUUGUCUGUGCCCUACUUUGAUCCAUUUAUGGUGCGGAAAGUUAAGUUUGUGUCGACAAGACAAAAGGACCAUUUGAUUCCGUUUGUAGACAGUGAGGCGGAUCCCUCCCAACAAUCCUUUUUCGAUCCAUAUCAUUUGAAAACCGACACCGUGAAUAUGGAUCGCAUUUUGAUCAAAGACGAGGUUCAUCAACUUAAGGUUACAGUACAAAACCCAUUUGCAUUUGAAGUUGAGAUCAAUGAUUUGGAGGUGAUAAGUGAAGGCACAGAAGUGAUGACGUUGAAGCCCAUGACGCAGCAGAUAAUUCCUCUGGCACAUAGCUCACCAGCGCUUAACAAAUUAAGAGCGAACCCCAAGCGCAACGCAACCACAUCCAAUGUUGCUCUGAUAGCGGGCCAGGAUACCAAUAUUGGCACAGUCUCCCCCAUGUCCACCUCCACAAUCAUUGUCUCAUUUAAGGCUUUGAGUGUUGGUGACAUGAAAAUUACUGGUUUUAUGAUCACGAUUGGCGGCUUUGAAAAACAGUAUUUUCCAAUUGUGGACAAACUUUGUUCGACCAGUAGCUCUAAGAUUGCACCUAAAAAGGAGGAGAUUCAGGGUCUAAAGACCAAGGAGUCAGUGUACAAGAGUCUUUUCAUGUACCUAAGAGGAGAGAAGAAGGACCCACGAGUAUUGGUCCGCAGCUUGCCAUUGAUCGUGAUUCGGCCUCAACCUGUGUUAAAACUAGUCAAUUUAACAAUUCCAAAUGGUUGCAUCAUGCUUUUAGAGGGAGAGCAAGUGCAAUUUGAAGUCAAGUUGGUUAAUGACUCGACUGAAGUUAUCAAUUAUUUGUCAUUUUCAUUUUGGGACUCUGCUAUUGACUUUUUGGACCGCAAAUUGGGUCAGCCAAACUUGAAUGCAUUUGAAGUGUAUGAGUUAGAAUGGGGCUUACUCAAAUUUAAAUCAUUUCGGAUUUUGAAUAAAGACAUUAUUGGCGAGACAAUCAAACCUGGCGAAGAGGUUACUAUUCAGUAUGAGCUUACUAGCAGAAAAAUGAUGAGACAACUGAAAAUUGUGUUGGACUAUGCAAAUCGUUCAAAUGAGCAAUCUUUUAUCAAACACUUGGAUGUCCCCAUUGGUGUUUCAGUUGUACAAAGCUUGGAGAUUGUUGGAUGUGAUAUAAUAUCGUGUUUCUCAAGGGAGACAUUGGAAAAUGCUGAUUUGCCAGCAAAUAUAUCAUCAGUGACUACUUACUUGAAAGGUGCUGAUGAUGUUGCAUCGUAUUGCUUAUUAGUAUUGGAUUUGAGAAACUCUUGGACCGGCGCAUUACAUUGUGAUCUACAAUAUGGCGACUUCAAAAUUUCGGAUUUGAUUGAAUCAAACAAGACUGCAAGAUAUUUCAUACCAGUGCUAAAAGUCCGAAAUGUACCACGAGAUCCUAUACCUUCAUUAAGGAAGAAGCAAUUUAUCAAAGACUAUGCUGUUACACCAGAGGACGAGGCUCAAAUGAUAAAGAUGUUUUGGCUCAAGCAGAUAAUUUUGGAAAAGUUGUCGGGGAGCUGGAGUGUUGAUGAAAGACACGGACAAUUGGAAUUGAGAGGUUUAAGAUUAACUCUGAAAAUGGCCAACAUUCUAGUUAUUAACAACGUGGAGGUCGAAACAAGCAUCGCAUUGGAUGGACAGGACUUUAAAUCUGGUCGAUUGCAUGAUCUAAAAGUUGACCAAUUCUAUACAUUGAGAACGACAAUAACCAAUCACACCAGCCACGGGAUAAGCGGGUUUAUCCGUCAAUUACCACUACAGGUGACAACCUCCCCUACUGCCAAUUUACCUAAACUGCUAUCGAUUGAUAAGAAGGUUUUAAUCAACGGUAUAUUGCAGCAGAAAUUGCCCGUCAUUCAACCGCAGGAUCACAUAUCCGUAGACACUAGCUUUGUCAUUAUUGAAAAGGGGGAGUACGAAUGGGGAACUGUGGUUGAUCUCUCAACAGAGCAAUGCAUCAAUAGAAGUCCUUUACAUAUCACAGCAAACUAG